CUUCGUGCUCAGAACCAAGUCCUGAAAAAAGGAGUUGUAGAUGAGCAAGCAAACUCUGCCUCACUGAAGGAGCAGCUGAAGAUGAAGGAUCAGUCCCUGAGGAAACUUCAACAAGAAAUGGACAGCUUGACCUUUAGGAAUCAGCAACUUGCCAAGCGGGUGGAGCUGCUUCAGGAUGAACUUGCAUUAAGUGAAGCUCGGGGCAAAAAGAACAAGAAAAGUGUAGAAUCUUCAUCUCAGCUGAGUCAAGAACAGAAAAGUGUCUUCAAUGAAGAUCUUCAGAAGAAAAUAGAAGAAAAUGAACGACUGCAUAUACUUUUCUUUGAAGCAGAUGAGCAGCACAAACGUUUGGAAGCAGAGCUGAGGAGCAGACUGGAGGUUUUGGAAACAGAUGCUGCCCAGCACCAAGCUGUGGUGGACAGCUUAACAAAGAAAUACACAGAGACCAUAGAGAAGCUGCAGAAUGAUAAAGCCAAACUAGAAAUCAAGUCUCAGACACUAGAAAGAGAAGCUAAGGACUGUAGGCUUCGAACUGAAGAAUGCCAGCAACAGCUAAAGAAUCUUCAAGCAGCUUUGGGCAGUAGACUGGAAGAAUCUCUAUGCAUAAUUAAUGAAAAAGUUCCUUUUAAUGAUACAAGAUCUGCUCGAUACAAUGCUCUGAAUGUCCCAUUGCACAACAGAAGGAAUCAGCUGAAGCUGCGAGACCUUGCUGGCCAGGCCCUGGCUUUUGUCCAAGAACUUGUAACAGCUCUCCUGAAUUUCCACACAUACACUGAGCAGAAGGUACAGAUCUUCCCCAUUGAUUCUGCAACAGACACAAUAUCACCCUUGAAUCAGAAGUUCUCACAGUAUCUCCAUGAAAACGCUUCCUAUGUUCGCCCUCUGGAGGAAGGAAUGCUGCACUUGUUUGAGAGCAUCACGGAGGACACUGUGACAGUCCUGGAAACAACUGUGAAAUUGAAGGCCUUCUCAGAACAUUUAGCUUCCUACUUAGGCUUUUUAAGAAAGAUUCUUCCUUAUCAGUUAAAAAGUUUGGAAGAAGAGUGUGAGUCUUCUCUUUGCACAGCUGCUUUAAGAGCUAGGAAUAUGGAGCUGCACAGAGACAUGAAAAGGUUGACUGCAGUCUUUGAGAAGCUCCACACAUAUGUCAGUCUUCUGGCCUUACCAAGUACAAGACCAGAAGGACUCCUUAGGACAAAUUACAACUUUGUGUUUACAAACAUUGCUGCAGGUCUUCAUGGAUUCCAUGACAUUUUAAAAGAUAUUUCCAAGCACUAUAGUCAGAAAGCUGCUUUAGAACAGGAGGUUCCAACUGCCACACAGAAACUCAUAACUACAAAUGACUGUAUUUUAUCCUCUGUUGCUGCUUUAACAAAUGGAGCAGGCAAGAUGGCCUCAUUCUUCAGCAACAACUUGGAUCACUUCAGCACCUCUCUGAGCUAUGGCCCCAAGGGAGGAGCAGAGUUCAUCAGCCCUCUCUCAGCUGAGUGCAUGCUGCAGUACAAGCAGAAGGCAGCUGCUUAUGUGAAGUCCUUGAAGAAGCCUUGUGCAGAUUCAGUGCCUUAUGAAGAGGCUUUAGCCAAUCGCAGAAUUCUCCUGAGUUCUACAGAAAGCAGGGAAGGUCUUGCACAACAGGUCCAGCAGAGUUUGGAGAAAAUUGCAAAACUUGAACAAGAAAAAGAACACUGGAUGUUGGAGGCUCAGCUAGCUAAAAUUAAGCUAGAGAAAGAAAACCAAAAACUGAAGAACUCUCUCAGUGGACAUUUAACUGAAACUAUCCAGGAGCAUUCAGUUCUGCCAAAUACAGCAGAACAAAAGAAGGAAACCACAGAAAAGAGUCUGAGGGAACCUAUUAAGAGCACCAGUCUGAUUGGAAUGUUGACUGUAACUACUGAUAAUGAAAAGGCUCUAGAUGUUGAGUCUCGUGAAGACCUGAUAAAAACUCACUACAUGGCCAGGAUAGCAGAGCUGACCUCUCACCUGCAGCUUGCUGACAGCAAAUCCGUGCACUUCCAUGCUGAGUGUCGAGCACUUGCCAAAAGACUUUCUCUGGCAGAGAAGUCCAAGGAAUCGCUCACAGAAGAGUUGAAGCUCGCCAGUCAAAACAUCACCAGAUUACAGGAUGAAUUGAUGACAACAAAGAGGAGCUAUGAGGACCAGCUGAGCAUGAUGAGUGACCACCUGUGCAGCAUGAAUGAAACCUUGACUAAGCAAAGGGAAGAGAUUGACACCCUAAAGCUGACCAGUAAGGGAAAUUCUAAAAAGAACAAAAAUCGAUAGUUUACAGCUGAGUCUUGGGAAGCUGCUGCUGCUGCACAGGAUGCAGAGAGUGACCAUUCAUUAUCCAGUUCCUGUUUGUUCCAGGAAGCUGAGGCUGGUUUUGGGUCUAGUAAAAACUGAGUUGGUGCUGUAAAUGGCUUGAAAAUAUUUAGAACUUGUGACAGAUAAAACAGAACUUAAUGUUGGCUCUAAACCAGGAAAUACACACUCUGGAUAAUUUAUAUAGUAAUUACCUUCAGUUUUUACUGUGCACUUUUUAAAACCAGGUUUUGAUUUCACGUAACAACUUCAGAUUUUGUAUAUUUUCAAAUAUGUUUCUGCAUUAACAAAUUUGGAUUGGUGCAGUAGGUGUCUGUUUUUGAGUUCUCCAUUUAAUGGUCAGCACAUGUACAUUCCAUUACUUGUUAAUAACAGUUUAAAAAUGAGUUUGGAGACUUUUUUUGGCCAUGCAAGCUGUGCAGUUACUGUAAAUGUAUUACUCCUGUUCUCAGCCCUCUAGAAUUAAUUGAAAUUGUGGCUUGAAAUGAUUUUUACAAAUUCACCAAGUAAAUGGGAUCAUUGUUAGACUGCAACGGAGGAAACCUUUCCUGCUUGUAUUUGGCACUUUGGAUUUGGAGGUGAAGAGCACAAUUGGGCUGAAUUGGGCUACUUCAGUGAAAUUGCUUUAAGGCAUUUCUGUAACAUUUUGUUUACACAUGUAUGUAUAUAUAUAUUGGUUGAAUUAGCUGUUUAAGGCUAGAGGAAACUGUGAUUGUCAUUUGCCCCAAAAGAGUGAAACAAUGUGUGUAGAAUAGAUCAGCUCACUGUGCUCUCUUACAGUAAAGAAGAAUAUGCAAUAUGUAGAAGAUUUAAGCACUGAACUUGCAAAGGGUCUUCAUGGAAUUGAGUUAUGAUGGAUUCACUGGGGGGAUGCACAUAGCUUUUCCUGUGUUUUCAGAAGUUUGUGAACUUUAGGCUUCUCCUAAGUUGUUUUCUUUUUUUUUUCCAAGUGAAGUUUAAUAUCACAAAGUUUCACAGCAUUGAUUUGUUGUUGGGGGUGGGGUUUGUUGGUUUUGGGUUGGGUUUUUGUUUGGUUGGCUUUUUGGUUGUGUUUUUUUGG